GGGAUCUGAAUCUAUUAGAUUGUUGAGCUUACAGUUCAUAGGAAGGCUUUUGGUUGGCCUUCCAGUAGAGAAGAAGGGGUCAAGAUUCUUUAACCUCCCAGUGGGAAGACCCAGAUCUAUUUCCGAUAGCCAAAGGAAAAUCCGAAUGCAACCAAUCUUCUCAGCUAUAUCUGAUAGACUGUUCUGCUUUCCUCAGACUGACAUUCUAUGUGCCACUUUAUUUGAUGUUCUUCUUGGUGGUGCUAGCCCUAAACAGGUUUUGCAAAGACAUAACCCCUUGGAGAGGGUGAGAAGCAAGGGUAGUCAUUUUUUACUUCCUCAAAUGUUGCCUCUGAUUUUCAGAUAUCUGUCUGGCUGUAAAAAUGCACAUGCAAGAAUGAAAGUAAUCAAAGAUUUACUUGACCUUCUUGAUUCAAAUGCUUCAAAUAUUGAAGCUUUUAUGGAAUAUGGGUGGAAUGCUUGGUUGACAUCAUCUCUGAGGCUUGAUGUGUUAAAAGAUUAUAAUGCCAAAUUACCAGAUAAAGGUGACAAUGAAAUGGAUGAGCUGCACUUGGUACGGAAUUUGUAUUGCCUUGUUCUCAGUCACUAUUUGCAUUCUGUAAAAGGUGGCUGGCAACAGAUGGAAGAGACAGUGAAUUUCCUUCUUAUGCACUUUGAGGAAGGUGGCCAUUCAUAUAGAUAUUUUCUUCGGGAUAUAUACGAGGAUUUGAUUCAGAAUCUAGUAGAGCUAUCAGCUGCUGUCGACAGUAUUUUCAUUUCACAACCCUGUCGAGACAAUACGCUAUACCUUCUGAGAUUGAUUGAUGAGAUGCUGAUCUCUGAAAUUAAUGAAGAACUCCCGUUUCUUGGAAGUGACUUUGAUUUCCAUGUUGAUUUGGAAAUGGAACAACACAAGGAGUACAGUACUGCCUUAAAAGAAGUACUGAUAGAAGAAGCUGACGUUCAAACAUCUAGUAAAUCACAAAAUUCUAAUCAGCCAAUACCAAAAGAUGAUACAAUGGAGGAAAAAUGGUGGAAUCUUUAUGACAAAUUGUGGGUUGUUAUUGGCAAGAUGAAUGGUAAAGGAUCCAGCAAUAUGUUAGCUAAAUCAUCCGCAUUAGUUGGACCAUCUCUUGGUCAACGGGCACGUGGUUUGGUUGAGUCAUUAAACAUUCCUGCUGCUGAAGUGGCUGCAGUUGUUGUAGCGGGAGGGAUUGGUACUGCUUUGACUGCAAAGCCUAACAAAAAUGUUGAUAAAGCUAUGGUUUUACGAGGGGAGAGGUGUCCUAGAAUUAUUUAUCGUCUUGUUAUUCUGUAUUUGUGUAAGUCUUCUUUGGAAAGGGCAUCACGGUGUGUCCACCAGUUUAUCUCACUUUUACCUUGCCUUUUAAAUGCUGAUGACGAGCAAAGCAAAAGCAGGCUGCAACUUAUUAUCUGGACACUGCUUUUUGUUAGGACACAGUAUGGAACAUUGGAUGACGGUGUUCGUUUCCAUCUUUUAUCACAUUUGAUACGGGAGACUGUCAAUAUUGGAAAAUCAAUGCUUGCUACUAGCCUUGCUAGCCGAGAUGAUGCCUCGGAUCCUAGCUACAAUUCAAAAGAUGCAUCAUCCAUUCAAAAUAUAAUACAAAAGGAUCGAGUUCUGACAGCAGUCAAUGAUGAGGCUAAAUAUAUUAAGACAUCUAAUAUGGACCGCUCCCAGCAGAUACAGGAACUUCGUUCUAGAGUAGAUGAAAACUCCUCGGGAGAAUUUAGCGGCAAGAAAGUUUUUGAAGAUGAUAUACAAAACAGCUUGAACUCUGUUAUUGCUUCAGAUGAUAGCAGAAUAGCUGAAUUCCAGCUGACUUCUGAGGAAAAGCAGCAAAACGUCGCUGAAAAAUGGAUACACAUGUUUCGUUCUUUAAUUGAUGAGAGGGGUCCAUGGUCUGCUAAACCUUUCCCAAAUACUGUUGUAACACACUGGAAACUUGAUAAGAUAGAAGACACAUGGCGACGCAGGCCAAAACUAAGGCAAAAUUACCAUUUUGAUGAAAAUCUGUGCAGUCCUCUUUAUGCCACCGGUAGUGGGGUUGUUACUCCUAUUAAUGAAAGUAAUCAUGGUUUGGUGGUUACUAUACCUGACCAAAUGAAGCAGCUCCUACUGAAAGGGAUAAGAAAAAUAACUGAUGAGGGAACAUCGGACACAAAUGAAGCCAAUACUGAUAUAAGUGGACAGAAGACUCCCGGUGAUCAUUCAGACUGCCAAUCCUCAGACUUACCAAAAGAUGUCAGUGACAGAAAGGAUAUUGUGCAAGAACGGAAAGAUACUUCCUCUUCUCCUGAAACAGAAGCUAGUGAGGUGCUUGUUUCAAUUCCUUGUGUUCUUGUGACCCCAAAGAGAAAAUUAGCUGGUCAUUUGGCAGUGAUGAAAAAUGUUUUACAUUUCUCUGCUCAAUUUUUGGUAGAGGGUACUGGUGGGUCAUCUGUUUUUAAAAACUUCGACACCUCAAUUAAUUCUGAUCUCACCAAGUCUGAUGUAAAACAUAGAUCAUAUAAGUGCUCUGUUUCUGGUAUGGAUCCUCAAAAGGGAAUAGCAGUUGGUCAUGCAGAACUGAUAAAUGGAAGUGGAUCUAUUAAACUUAUGAGAUGUGUUAAACGGCAUCGAAGAUGGAGUGUUGCCAAGAUAAAGGCUGUUCAUUGGACGCGGUAUUUGCUCAGAUACACUGCCAUAGAGAUUUUCUUUAGUGAUUCAGUUGCCCCUGUGUUUCUAAACUUUGCAUCCAUGAAGGAUGCAAAAGACAUAGGAAACUUGAUAGUUACCACAAGAAACGAAUAUUCAAUUCCCAAGGGAAGUGGAAGGGAUAAGAGUGGAUCUAUAAGUUUUGUUGAUCGGCGAGUGGCACAGGAAAUGGCAGAAACUGCCAGAGAAAACUGGAGGAGGAGGGAUAUAACAAACUUUGAGUAUUUAAUGAUUCUAAACACACUUGCUGGAAGAUCUUACAAUGAUUUGACCCAAUAUCCCGUUUUUCCUUGGGUCUUGGCUGACCACUCAUCAGAGGUUCUUGAUUUUAACAAGUCAUCUACAUUUCGAGAUCUCUCAAAGCCUGUUGGAGCACUUGAUACAAAAAGAUUUGAGGUAUUUGAAGAUAGAUACCGUAAUUUUUGUGAUCCUGAUAUACCCAGUUUCUACUAUGGGUCUCAUUACUCAAGUAUGGGCAUUGUGCUUUAUUACCUUCUUAGAUUAGAGCCCUUUACAUCUCUUCACCGUAAUCUGCAGGGUGGUAAAUUUGAUCAUGCUGACCGUCUUUUUCAAAGCAUUGAGAACACCUACAGAAAUUGCCUUACAAAUACUAGUGAUGUGAAGGAGUUAAUACCUGAGUUUUUUUACAUGCCCGAGUUUCUUGUCAAUUCAAACUCUUAUCAUUUCGGAGUUAAACAGGAUGGUGAACCUAUUCUGGAUGUUGGGCUGCCUCCCUGGGCUAAGGGUUCACCUGAAGAAUUCAUUAGGAGAAACCGGGAGGCCCUUGAAAGUGAGUAUGUUAGCUCAAAUCUUCACCACUGGAUAGAUUUGGUAUUUGGUUACAAACAACGUGGAAAACCUGCAGUAGAGGCAGCGAACAUCUUCUACUAUUUGACUUAUGAAGGUGCUGUUGAUCUCGAAACAAUGGAAGAUGAUAUGCAAAGAGCAGCUAUCGAAGACCAGAUAGCCAACUUUGGUCAGACUCCAAUCCAGAUAUUUCGUAAGAAGCACCCAAGAAGAGGGCCACCUAUUCCAAUUGCGCAUCCUCUGUACUUUGCUCCUGAUUCUAUCAGUUUGACUUCCAUUGUAUGUAAUGCAAGUCAAUGUCCAUCUGCUUUACUGUAUGUUAGUCUGAUGGACACAAAUAUUGUCAUAGUAAACGAGGGUCUCAACUUGUCUGUUAAGAUGUGGUUGACAACUCAGCUGCAGUCUGGUGGAAACUUUACCUUUUCUGGUUCCCAGCAGGAUCCAUUCUUUGGAGUUGGAGGAUCUGACAUUCUUUCUCCUCGCAAAAUUGGGAUUCCUGUGCCUGAAAACGUUGAACUUGGAGCUCAAUGUUUUGCAACAAUGCAGACACCCUCUGAGAAUUUCUUAAUAUCAUGUGGUAAUUGGGAAAACAGUUUUCAGGUUAUAUCCUUAAGUGAUGGCAGAUUGGUACAGAGUAUCCGACAGCACAAGGAUGUGGUGAGCUGCGUUGCAGUUACAUCUGAUGGAAAUAUACUUGCGACUGGAAGUUAUGAUACAACAGUAAUGGUUUGGGAAGUCUUUCGUGGUAAAACCACUGAGAAGAGAAUACGAAACAGUCAAUCUGAACUAGCCCGGAAGAAUCAUGUCAUAAUUGAAACUCCAUGUCACAUCCUUUGUGGGCAUGAUGAUAUAAUAACUUGCUUAUAUGUUAGUCAUGAACUUGAUAUUAUAAUUAGUGGAUCAAAAGAUGGAACUUGCGUGUUCCACACCCUGCGAGAAGGUCGAUAUGUUAGAUCCUUGCGUCAUCCAUCAGGCAGUCCAAUAACAAAGCUUGUUGUGUCUCAGCGGGGCCAGAUUGUAAUUUAUGCUGAUGAUGAUCUUAGUUUGCACCUGUAUUCAAUCAAUGGAAAAUAUCUAGCUGCUUCUGAAUCCAAUGGACGCCUUAAUGCAGUUCAAUUGAGCCGAUGUGGUGAGUUUUUGGUAGGUGCAGGUGACCAGGGGCAAAUUGUUGUUCGCUCCAUGUACACCCUUGAAGUUGUUAAGAAAUAUCAAGGAGUUGGAAAGGUUAUGACAUCUCUGGCAGUAACCCCAGAAGAAUGCUUCUUGGCUGGCACAAAAGAUGGAAGCCUCCUAGUGUACUCGAUUGAAAAUCCUCAGAUUCGUAAAACUAGUCACAACAAGAAUACAAAAUCAAAACUGACAUAACACAAAAUAUAACAAUAGCUUGUAGAAGGUGCAUGUGGAAUUUUGACAGCUAGAGCUGCCCGCAUGAUGACUGUUUCAGCUUCUUUGAUCUGACCAUGGCUUCCACCUCUCUUUCUUCUUCCACUGUGCACUCCGAAAAUUGUUCUGCUUCUCUCCUUUUCUUCCUCACACCUUCAAUACCCCUAUAUCUCUAAAGUUGGAUGAUGACAACUUCCUUACAUAGCAACAAGUUUUAGCCACUGUUCAGGGACUCAAAACUCACGGUUCUUGGAAGGCCAAGACGUUUCCCUGAAAUUUAUCACUCUUGAUGAUGCGCUCAACAAUAUUAUCAAUCAAGAAUACAACAAGAUCAGCUUCCUGUUGUUUGUCUCCUCCCUUCCGUAAUAUAACUCUUCUUCUCCUUCUCUGUUUUAUAACAGGUCUUACAGGUGCAACCACUGACUAGUGACUAUAUUUGGAUUAUGCUAAAUUGAUAAUAUCACUAGAUGGUGAGAUUGUCAUUUUCCUCCUUUAGACUAUUUUGAGUAUCAUUUCCAUGAGGUGCUUGUGGAUUCCAUUAUAUGAAUGAGUACCGGCUUUAUCUGAAAAUAGAAAGCAUAUCGGCUUCUUCAAACUGGAAUAGAAGAACUGAAAUUGUCAUCUACUUUCUGAACCCCGUGAGCUAAAUCGAUUCCAGAAACCUUUCUUUUCAUGAUUUAGAUUACAUAGAGAAGUUAGGACUUGGGGGUUUGUCCAUACAUGUACAUUAUAUUCGUUAAUUCAUCAAUAGGAUUACUAGGAUUCUUGUGCACUAAAACUGUAGCUGUACUAUUAUUUUUGGGUUUCUCUGCUGACACUCGGAUUGUACAGUCCAGCCUGAAAUGCCGCAUCGAACAGGCAAAAGAUAACCCCCCCACCAUGUCGUGUAUAUGCUGAUAUUGCUCAUUUAAGAACUAUGAAAUGAAAUUUAAGGAUAUCAUACCGUGAACAACCGACUGAAAAUAUCGGCAAACAAAAUUUAUAUCUUGUAAAACAGAACUUCUUGUUUCUUUAGUUAAAAUAAAUCUCUUAAUUCUGUUUUGCUC